CACAACUGUCAAAAGCUGGAAGAAAAGUUUACGACAGAAAGCAAGCAAAUUGUGAAAUUGUCAAAAGCUCUAUUUUACACAAAAAGGCAAAAACAACACAAGAAACACACAAAAGUUUCCACUAAACCACAAAGCGUUUAAUCAAAAGUAAAAAGCUCCACAAGCGAGGCGUAUGCAAGAGCAAAUUGUAUCAGUUUACUAGUGAUCUCAUCAACGCCAAACAAACGCAAUUCCAACCGGCUGCGACCAUUUGACAAUUUGCCAUUUAAUAGCUACAAAGCAAAUAAGCCAACAAAUCGAAAUGUUACUUUCAAAAUCCAUGCGAAUAACACCAACACUUGUGAGUGCAACUGCAGCCAGAAUUAGUGGGCCCAGUGUAGUGGCAAGUCUGGAUCAGCAUAGAAAUUUGGUUCUUUCACUCGCAAUCAUACAAAAUGGUUUGACCGAGAAUGUACGCGUACAAAGCGAUUUCAUCAGAUUUCAGGCAAUUGCUCCCUUUACAUUGACAGCCGUGCGCUUCUAUGCCGAUAAUGCCAAGCGAGAACAUCAGACCACCACUUCGUCACAGAAUGUGUCCGCACCCAGUAUGCCGGAUCGCGAACAGGUUGAAAGAUUCCUCUUCCGUGUACUUGCCCUGUUUUGGGAUGUGAGCGUGUGGGUCUUUAUUAACACCAAAAAACUUAUCGACACGCACAUAAUAGGCAAUGAUUCAGUGCAAUGGUAUUGGAAGCGAAUGCACGAGCGGAUGGCUAAGGCCAAGAAGGAAUGGUAAAAUGGGCAUAUACUUCUGACUUACGGAAAGCGAGCAGCUUUUACUUUAAGUAUGUUUCGAUUAAAAAACCGUUAACUCGUCCAUAUUUUACAUUUGAUUUUGCGUAGAUUUUUUUGUAUUAAUUUAGCUCGUAUGUAUGUAUUUCAUUAGACAAAUUUCAUAUAUAACAUCUUUGUUAACAUAUUUAUUAAUUACUUUUGUUAUUGAAAUAAAACUCAAUCAAGUUAUAGGUUAUAUUCCUAAUAUUAUAAACAAUUGGAUAUUUUGGUGUGCAACAAUCGAACGAUUUUUUUUUUAAUAUAAAUUUGUAAAGCUUUAUAGGUGUAGAUUUGCCAUAGGCUAUACCGGUGCCGGGAAAAUUUGAAGUACACUCGUAUAUAAAUACCUAGCUAAGAACUGCUACCUCAACAGCAUUUACAGUAAUGGUAUAGAGUGAUCUGAUUUGAAGAGUGGUCCAUUAUUUCAAAAUCUCACACUCCGAUUAAUCAAGAUGAAGACCGAUAACUAUACUAUGGUCUAUUACUGUUACAUAACCUCUGUCCUUUUAGAAAUAUGCUCCUAUAUUCGUUUUUUGCCAGCAUUCAAAGCAUAAAUAUAAGAUUGGAAAAUGCUCGUAUCUCCCUUCCGUCUUUUUGUCAUUUGAAUUUCGCGUCUAUGUAUAAAGCACUACAGUGCUCGUAUCCGGAAAUACUAUCCAUCAUUGAAAGGUCUUGACAUAAACUACAAAACGACGCUAUGCAUGAUUAGUUUGGAUAUUAUAUAAAAAUUGAAAAAUUGUUAAAUAUUUCGUUUGCCCUUAGAUAAUACAGAAGUAUGUAUAUUGUACCAAGCAGAAUAUAUAAGUACAUGAUUCAGUAAUCAUCGGUUAGGUAUAAAAAUUAGUUUCAUAUAUGCUAUUUGCUUAAUAAAACGACAUCAGCUCUUUUUAGACACUUCACGACUCGGAUUUCUCCAAAAGCUGGGUAAGAUAUUUCAAUAUUUUAUUACGUGCCUCGAUAAGUUGAGGUGGAUCUGUUUGAAGAGGUUCAUACAUAUCGGCGCAAUGUGCAGUACCUGUGAAGAUAAAAUUAAGAAAACUCAAUAUGGUUUGAACUUGAAAGAAAAACACGAGCAUACCUUCAAUGUAAACAGUAGGUUUAUUUGGGUUCUUAGAUUCGGUCAUACCAAUCGCAUGCCAUGGAUCUAUCGAACCGUGCACAUAAAGGACAUUCGUUGACUUAGGACUAAGUCCACCAUAGAAUGCAUUCGUCUGUGAAACAACUUGCUCUAAGUAUUUCGCGUUCAUGCUAAUUGAAGUAUUUAAAAGUUAACUAAAUUAGAGCUAACAGUAAUUAAAAAGUAAUAUUUAUUAUCGCUGUACCUCUCUGAAUAAAUAUCCAUGCAUUGCUUAAUGAAAAAAUCCACUUUGAAUCUAUCACCGAAAGUGUCAGUCUUAUUAUUCGAGGUUUGAUAGAAACCGAACUCGUUACAAGUCUGGUAGGUCCAUUGACGUGUGCCGUUAGCUACUUCGGCAAACCAGGAAAUAUUUCUCAUUUCAGUCAACAUAUUGUCGUAUUUGUAGUCGAGGCAUUUUUUCUUGGAGUCUUCCAAAAGCAUGCCAUUUACAAUGCCCAAUCGUUCAAAAGGCGGUCCAAUAGUAGAGUUGACCAUUACAUUGCAGACCUUUUGAGAAUAUUAGUGUUUUAAAGAGUCCUUAUCACAUAAUUUCAAAAUAUUUGUAUUUUUGCUUACAUCAUCUAUGGUAUAAUCGGCUCCAGGUCGAUUGUCUUUAUUGAAUUGCACCACACCUGCAAUAUUAUCGGCUAAUGUUUGGAAGAAGUUCGACAUAUCCAAUGGGUUCGUAACCGAUUCACCAAUUGGCGUGCAGGUACUAAAUACAAGUUUAAAUAUUAAUUUUCUGAAAUGUAAGUAAGUAUAUACUCAAAUAAAAUUACUUGAAUUUCUCAUCCAAAUUUCGUUGACCAAUCGCAUGUCGUGUAAGCGUUUCCAACUCUGCAAAGGCAUGUCCGAAAGCUCUCAGGCAGUUGUUGGAAUGAGUUGCCAGAGAAGCUUUAACGACCUCGAAGUACUC